AUGUAUUUGAGGCAAAGUUACCAAACAAUGUGAUUUUGUGGAGUUGCUUUUCAGGGGAAGGAUGUAUGUAUAAUGGGCGAGGUGCUGAAUCAGUGUUACCACUAAACUCGAAUCCAAAAAUGCUGAGCUUAAAUAAAAUUCAAAUAGCAAACCUUCCUUCAAUCGGUGAUGUUACCAGAGCGAAAACACCCUUCGGCAAUAUUCAGGCAUCGAAUACUACUAAUUCUUUGACUUCAAACAUAUAUGAGAAGGCAGAUAUGCAAGACACAUGUUAA